AUGAAGCAGACACUUGAGGAGCUGGAGAACGAACGGAGAAAGGGCAGCGAGCUGGAGACGCAGCGAGACCAGCUGGAGACACAGCUUCAGAUGCUGAAGCAAGCAUUAGAGGAGUUGGAGAGCGAGCACCUGGAGGCCUCCGCCGUGGCUGAAGGGCUCCGGAAGUCGUUCCUGGAAAGUGAAGAAAAAUGCAAAGAGCUUUGGUCAAAGAACCAAGAAGUGGAUUCGAAACUCAAUGAGGAACGGAAUGCAGCCAGUGAGCAACUGGCAAACCUCCAGGCACAAGUGCAGGCAAUGAAGGACACUGCCCAUGACCAAGAUGAGCAGUUGAAGGAGAAGCUGGAACAGCUCAGCGAAGCCAUGCGCCAGGUGGCCGAGUUGAAGGAGAUCCUCAAAGAGCGCGAUGCCACGAUCGACGACUACGAGGAUUUCAAGAAGUCUACAUUGCUGGACGAGUCCAAGCCACCCAAGGUUCUCGACGACACCUUCGCCAGUCCCUGCGGAGAACUCGAGGUCCUCGUCCGAUGCGGACCCGGGGGACCCGGCGGUCUGGAGCCGUCGCUCGAAGCGGAGCCUUUGCUUCUGGGUUUGGAGCACGCAGGACAUCCGCCGAGAAACCGGUAUGCUCACCACCUAUGCUGGCGAGAACCUGCACAAUUCAGCCGAACGGAAGAAGACCUGGUGCGAAUUUUUUCGGCCAUUUGGCCGCCGCACGGAUGA